CGCCUUUUUGCCAGUUCGUUGUCCGGUUUAAUUUGGCGCGUCCGUUAACGGUACCCUGCAACGCACAGAAUGGAGAAAAGAAGUGCCGCCAUGGAUGACGAAGUUGCUCAAGCAUCAGAGCCAAACAGCAGCCCUCCUCUGGACUCCGAGCCGCAGGCUGCAAACGACGACUCGCUUCGGAACGGUCAGCAACGUCAGGAAGCAGACGAGCUCCUGCGCAAGAUCCAGGAGGAACACUGGCGCCAUCAUGCCAUUGCUGCUGAAAAUCCAGCAUAUGCACAGAAUCUGCGACAGAUCCUCUCGGGGAUGAAGAAGGUGCAACGAGAGCCCGAAUUAAUGGCCUGCGUCAUUGCCAUAAAAGCAGUGUAUGCUCGGGGGAAAGAGGCAAAGAGGAGGAGGAGGAAAUAACUUUAUUGAAGGAAAUAACUUUUCUGGCGCUACCUAGGCAUCACCCGGGGCAACAAGUGAGUGCUUGCUUGCCGCCCUUCCAAGGGGCUCCCUGCCAAGAGGGCCAAAAAAGAGCACAACUUCAACAUCGACAUGAAGAAGGAUGUGGCCAACCCCAAGUCUCAUUGCCACACUACAAGUCAAGGCACGAUGGACAAACUGUGGACAGACUACCUGCUGUGCUUUCAUUUUUUAUCCUCGUGUGCAAUGUCGCUACGUGUCAAGUCACACUGGACCGACUUUCUGUCGUGAUUUCAUUUUUUUCUAUUGUUCUGUGCAAUGCCGCCGCGUGUCAAGUCACGGUGGACAGAACCUUCCUGUCCCUAUGUUUUAAUUUUUUUACCCUCGUGUGCAAGGCGGCUACGUGUCAAGUCACGGAGGACAGACUUCCUGCCGUGCUCUCAUCUUUUAUCCUCGUGUAAACUAGAGGUGGCGCACCAGUGGUGGUAGGAUGUGCUUUCACAGCUCCGACAUCCGCGCCUCCCACAGCGGAACCAAGCCUCUCAUCCAUGCGAAAUAUUCACCAGUUGGCGACAUAUCUCCUUGACGUCGAGUGACACAAAUAUGAGCUUUUUCUGCAUUUUUUUCACUUUUGUCUCGGGUAGUACUCAUGGUGUGUAAACCCUAAAAAGGCAGACCGUGAGGGCCCGCAGCUGCUGUCGCCAACACGAUAACACCAUUUAUGCACAAACCAUGACGAUGCCAAUGGUUCCACUCGGCGAUCAGCUGAUGAAACCAUUCCUUGUAUGCCAGCACACGAGGACGCAAUGACUUUGACAGAAGCCAAUAGGAAGUGCUUCCCGUCCCGUGAGCAAGAACACUGAUCUACAAGCCGAAUGGAUGGCGCACACCCCCUGACACCAAUGACAACAAUUUCGCCGGCCUCGAAUGGUGUGGCGUACCUGGCUGACAACACAAACGUCUGAGAAUAAAAGCCUCAAACUUUAGAGAAUUCAGGAAAAUGCCACUAUAAGGUCAUUAUCAGGCCGACAGAAAGAGAAGACAUUUCUAGAAAUUUCCUUCGUUGCACCCUUGUGCAGACGCUCAAUUCCCUGGCAUCUAACCCAAAGGUCCACCUGGCAGUGUACAAACUCGACAAAAAGAACAACACACUCACUGUGACUGUGAAGGCCUCCGAGCAGCGAGCACACUCGCGGUGCAUGAGGACACAGCUUACUCAAAUGGAAGGUGCAACAUGGGGAGAGGUCAAAGUGACGAGCUAUGUCGCACCACCGCGACACAUAGUCCCCUUCUUCAUUCACGUAGUGGAACCCAAUAGCGGAGAGAGAGAGAUCCACAAAAACCUUUACUCGCCGCAUGGCCAAGUUAUCCCGGCUUGCACGCCGGCAGUUUCCGACCAGCGAGAUUGUUCAGGGGAAGUCGACUACAGCACCACCGCUAUCCUCUGCUUUUUUCCACGUUUGCAGGUCACCUCACCAAGACGAGCACUAUAUUCACCUCCAGCUUAUCGCUCGUCCUCCCGCGGCGGAAAAGGGAAGUGCUCUAGCGAGGGUCCCCCGGUUCUUCUGCGCAGCGGGCACGGCGGAACUGGUCGCAAUCAAGGCUUGCGAACAGUCAUUUCUGAAUGCAAACAACACUCUUCACUGACCCGACUGAGUGCUGUAGCCGGCAUGUAGCUCUACUUUACUAGGGAGUUUUAAUAUUGUGUAUAGAAGCAAACGCAAGUGCUGUGCAUUUUCAUUAGAGUUCCAUGCUCCACGCUGCACAUGCGCGUCGUUGCCAUGCGCCAAUCCAAGACAGCAAUUUCGGGCUUUGCGCAUGCGCAAUGUGGAACAUGCUACUGUUUCACCGGUUUUCCGACGCCAACGAAAAGUGCUGCAGUGAGCAGACGUGCACGCUGGUGGGCGCUCCUUCGAGCGGGAAAGGCUGAGAUUGGCAAAACGGGCGCGUAAAAAUUAAAGAAAAGAAAGGCUCUCGGGUACUUUUGUAAUUAAAACGACAACGGAAUUUGUUUUUCCGUAUUUCGGGGCAUUUGUUACGGAGGGUUGGCGGCAAGUUUGGAAGUUUUUCUGAGACUAACGUCAUUACUUUGACAUUGCCAUAUGCUUACACCGUUAAUGUCAUUUUACGUAAAUUUCUCGAACUAACCAGGAUGUUUAGACUAUUUUUUUAUUAUUUUAUAGCUUGUUAAUUAAGAAUACUGCAAUUGGCAUCAGUGAUGAUAAUUUUGCCAACUUUAGAGUGCCAUAGUUGUUCGCGCGUUUGAAAUUGGAUCAUAGGCAACAAAUUAUGUUAGAGUUUGAAAAACCUAUUAAAAUAUCUAAAUUGCAUUAUUAUUAAUACAAAUUGCUGUAACAAUAAAAAACAUGCCAUUUAACCAUAAUAGUCUAC